AUCAAGUUUCAUCAAACCUUAAUACAUCCUGUGACUCUUCCUCUGACAUUAUCAAAUAUGGGUGUACUUGAAAUCAUAGUCAGAGUAACUUUGGUGACUGUACUUAUCAAAUUGGUCAUGGCUACAGAUCACAUUGUUGGAGGACCAAAUGGAGGGUGGGAUACAAGCUCAGACCUUCAAUCAUGGGCAUUAUCUCAGAAGUUUUCAGUUGGAGACAAUCUCAUUUUUCAGUAUCCACCAAAUCAUAAUGUGAUUGAAGUUACUAAGGCAGAUUAUGACUCUUGCCAAUUAACAAAACCAAUUCAGACCUACAUUGAUGGCAAGACAACCAUUCCUCUUACUUCACCAGGAAAAAAGUACUACAUUUGUGGAACAAUUGGACAUUGCAGCACAGGAAUGAAGGUUGAAAUAGACACUACUCUAGCCACUGGUUCAUCAUCACCAGUAGAAUCUCCUUCACCACAAGAAAUUCCCAUCAUUCCCUCUCCAGGUCCAGAGGGACUAACACUAACCCCUUCACCAUCAGCUGAAUCACCAAGUUUUGGUGUUCCAUUGGCAUCAUCUCCAUUGUUGGAUACACCUCUUGAAACUCCUACACUCUCACCAAUGGUUCCUUCCACUGAAUUUACUGGUUCUGCUGCCUCACCUCUCGAAAACCAUUCGGUAGACCAGCAAGAUUCAUCAUCAGCCAGCAAAGUCAUGCAAGCGGCAGUGCUAAGCUAUUUAACAAUGAUUGUGGCCUUUUAAGGAUGAGAAAUGUUCACUCUCUACCAUUGUUUGCUGUUAUUUGUGCUUAUUAUUCUAUGUUAAACUAUUGUGUUUGGUGUUUUUUCUUUGUUCUAUUGGUUAUUUGCUGUGGUUGAAAUUUCAUAAAGAUUAA